AUGAAGAUAGGCUACGUUGGUAUGAAUAGGGCACUCAAAUUAACAACCUCCAAUACAACCCGAUUGAAUAAUGUUUCUCCAAAGAAGAUUAAAGAAAAAUUGCUAGUUAAUAUUGAUCACUUGAAAAAGAUGCUCAAGUGGAAUGUUCAGAAGAAUUUGCUCUUCUUUAGAAUUGGAAGUGAAUUUGUGCCAUUUGCUAGUCAUGAAAAGGUUCGGGAUGAAGAAUUCAAGCAAGAAUUUAAUUGGAUUGAGGAAUGCGAAGAUGAUCUAAAGGAGAUUGGAAAGUUUGUAAAGGAAAAUAAUAUUAGAAUUAGCAUGCACCCUGAUCAAUUUGUAUUGAUUAAUUCACCUGAUAUGGAAAUAUUCAAUAGAUCCUAUGAAGAAUUGAACUAUCACGCUCAAUUGAUGAAUACUAUGGGAUUAGAUACCACUCAUAAAUUCCAAAUACAUUUGGGUGGAAAGUAUGAUGACAAGAGAAAGUCAAUGCAAAGAUUUGUUGAUCGAUACAAGAAUAAUUUGAAUGAUGCUAUCAGGGCUCGAUGUGUAUUGGAAAAUGAUGAUAGAAUUUAUAGUUUGGAAGAUGUGUAUUGGAUACAUCAACAAUGUGGCAUUCCAAUUCUCUUUGAUACAUUGCAUCAUGAAUGUUUGAAUUCAAAUGGUGACUCUUUAGAAGUGGCAUUCAAGAAAGCUGCUAGUACUUGGGAUCCGGUUAAGGAUGGUGUUCCUCUUAUUGACUAUUCAGAUCAAGAACCAGGUGCACGUAUUGGAAAUCAUAGAAAGAGCAUUGAAUUGAAGCAUUUCAAGAAGGUAAUUUGUGACAAGUUAAUGAAAUGCAAGAACGAUGAUGGAGAAUUUAUUGAAUUUGAUGUCAUGUUGGAAAUCAAGGAUAAGGACGCUAGUGCCAUUAAGAUCUUACCAGUCUUUUUAAAAGGUGUUGAGGAUAGAGAAAAGGAUCCAGAACCAACUGAGGAUGACAAUCAAGAAGAUUUAAAAGUCCAAGUAUUAGAGGAAGAUGAGGACGAAGCAGUAUCGAGUGAGGAAGAAAAACCAAAGAAGAGAAAGAAGGCACCAACCAAGAAGGCAUCCACUACCAAGAGAAAGAAAAAAUAA